AUGAUUGUAAUGUCUGUGCUGCCUGCUGCCAGUAGCAGAUCGAAUCCGAUCUUGUCUGUGCUCUUCUCGUGCAUCCGUGCUGCUUCCGCAGCAAUACUACUGUGGUUAGACUCACAGGAGGCCUUUGCUGGUGGAUCUUCCCCGCGGGCCGGCCCUACUGUUCCAGAACUGGGAAGUGAAGUUGCCAGUAACAUCUGUAUCGCAGUUUUUGAGAGACAAAGACAGUUGACUGGAGGUGGAUGGAAGUUGAUCCUGAGGCCGGUGCUUCUGAUCGAGAAUUGA